AUGUCAAGUCCCGCGCAGCCCUCGAUAUCCACUAAGCUCGCUAUAACGCCAGCUAAGCUCUCACUGGGGAUUAGCUCGUCAACUAUCACCCUCACUGCGACUUUACACUACACAGAGCCUAUCACGAUCUUCAAGCAUGGAACUAUUUUCAAUCUUGCCCUAAACCAUUCUCCUAGUAACUUUGAUUGCGAGGAUAUCACGACCGAGAACGCAGAGCCAAUAAACAUAGGCAUCAAGAAAGGGUGCAAACGGCCAGCAUUUAGCCGUGAAUAUGGAGGUCGCGAUGACCGCUUCUUCGUCACGCUGUACCCAGAAACCCCUAUUUUGUUUGAGGGGGUAUUUCAUCUUGCAAAAAGAUCGUGCCAGCACGUAGUGUUUCAACCCCGACAUAAAUAUCGAUUCGCAACUAAGCAAGGCGAGACGGUGGAUUGGUGGCGAGUGGGGGAGAAGAAGAAUGCGAUGACGUCCCCCGGUGAAUUCGCUGUACUAGGCGAAGCGAGUGGGAGCCCGAUCUCUCUGGGGAUGCAGGAGGUAGAAUUGGAAGUUUUGUAA